GUUGAUAUUAGAGCUCUGAGUGUAUAGGUUAGAAAUAUUUUAUGUUUUACGAGAAUAGUAAGAUAACUAUAAAUUAUAUGCACCAAUAUUCAUUGAUAUUUAAGCGAUUUCAGUAGCAGUUCCUUGCACACGUAAAGCAAAAACAUGUCGUUUCCCGAUAAAAAGCAACGAAAGAUUUGUUGGGACGCUAGAGACAAGUAUUGGGAAUGUUUAGAUGAGCAAAAUAUUAAAGACAGUUCAGAAACCCCUAAAGUGUGUUCAGCUCUUAGAAAAGUGUUUGAAAACUCCUGUCCGUCCAAAUGGGUCACACAUUUCGAUAGGAAACGAGACUACAAUGUAUUUAAAGAGAAAAUGGUGACAGAAGGCUAUGAACCUAUAAAAGAAACUGAAUAGUUACACUAGUUCAAUUGUAAAUAAUUAGUUUAUUUAGUAAAUAUUUAUUUAUCAAAAA